AUGAACCCAAGGUCGGAAACAGCGCAAGCAUUGGUCUUUAGAGAAACUCUAAUGGAUGAUGAUGAGUCCACUUUUGGGAAGGGAAUUCGAGUGGAAGUGUUUCCAGAAAAGAGUCCGAGAGUGGUGGAAGCAGCCGUUGUUGAGGAGCAAAAUUUAAGUGAGUGGUCAUCACCACUAAAAUUAUUGAGUCAAGAUAAAGAAGCAUUGUUGAAAGUUCCAGUUUUAUUUGCUUCCUUCGAUCAAACGAGCCGAUUAGCUUCUGGAUACGGCGCUUGUUCCGUGAUAGCAAUACUCAUUGCUCACUGGCUUCACUGCAACCCAAAAUUAAUCCCCACAAGGGUACAAUUUGAAUCCCUAAUCCUGCAAGGCUCUUCUGAGUGGCGAGCACUCAGCAACGAAUCCUCUUAUUACCAGAACAAAUUUUCUAACAAUCACUUCGAUAUAGAGACUGUGAUAAAUGCUGGUAUCAGACCAGUCUCUAUUUGCACAGAUAGGUCAGUAACGGGGAUGUUCGGGGUUGAAAAAUUCGCCUUGUUGAAAGAUAUGUUCUCUUUAGACAAUAUGUGGGAGAACAUAACUAAGGAUUUAACAACAGAGCCGAAAAUUUUCGUCGUGGGUUGGAACGAUCACUUCUUUGUCUUAAAACUAGAACUUCAUGCUUGUUAUAUUAUUGAUUCAUAUGGAAGUAGACUAUUUCGAGGGUGCAACCAAGCUUAUAUGCUUAAAUUUGACGAUUCAAGUGUAAUAUACGGCACCGAUCAACAAAUUCUUUGCACGGGCAAAGAUUGCUGCAAGGAAUAUAUGAGAAAGUUUUUAAGCAGUAAUAUUGUUAUGAAACUGGAGAAGGAAUACAAGAGAGGAUACAUUCAAUUACCUUAUCUAUAUGAGAAGUUGCAAGUAGACAUGAGCUAUAUGUGCUUAAAUGCUCCAUCGCCAGUAUCAUCUUCAUCGUCGUCUUCCUAUGAUGGUCCAUCUUCCCUUCAAUUGUGA